AUGGAUUGGUUACGUUCUGCUCUGAAUGACAGCGAUAGUGAGGGUACAAUAGACAAUUCAGAGGCAGCAAUUGAUAGCGCUACUGCCAAAACUGAAGGAACUAAAGAAACAAUAGCAAACGACUCAACAGAAGAUAAAACUGGGGAAUAUGUUCAUCAGAAAUCGGAGAAAGCAUCAUUAAAAGAAGCUGGAGUCGUAGAAGGAUCCGGGGAUCACCAGGAUACUGAAAGUUAUGCGCCGCCGCCACCGCUGUUCUCUCUCACUACCACUACUAGGAAAGUGGAGGAUUAUUCCAGGACAGAAUGUGUGAAAAUCAACCCACCCAAACCUACGGAGGAUCCAAUAUCGGAUAGUGUGUCUACCCUGAAGGAAUCGCAAGGAGCAGCUGGGCAAGAACAACCGCCUAAAUCAUCGCAACAAACGUCACCCGUAACACAAGCUCAAGGGGCAUUAGACACACUUGAAAUCAUGCAAAGGUUCAAUAUGACUAAUAGUGAAGGCCAAGUGAAAGCACCGAAACGCGGAGAUUGGUUCGGCACGAAUAUACGAGUAACGGAUAUAAAUGCUGACGACCUUCGCAUGGGUAAAACUGAGAAGAGCGCGAGAUACUCCACAUCGAAAGAAGCCUUGCUUGAAGGACGCUCUAUGUUCAAAGCACCAGCACGGCAACUUGAAACCGAUGAUGGACAGUUAUUAGUGACCAAUGUAAUGAGAAAGACGUCAAAACGUAAACAUCAGAUAAGCUGGUUAGCAGCCGAUGCACAGGAACAAGAGCUAGAACUACUAGAAAGGACAGCACAAGCACGUAAAACCAAACACGAAACACAAAUGAAAUACGGCUGGUAA